AUGUCUGGCCAGAUCGCAACCCUCGACCCUACAAUGACGGGCAGCUUGCCGCCUGUCGCCACUACCCUCUUCAACGCCAAGGCGUCCAAGGGUCUGAGCUUCGAGACUAUUGCCAAGGAGCUAGAACGCAGUGAGGUUGCAUGUGCCGCAAUAUUCUACGGUCAGGCCACGGCCUCAGAGGAGGACGUCAACCGCCUGUCAAAACUGCUGGACAUCCCCAGGGAGCCUCUGGUCGAGCAGCUGACUACUUUCCCGAACCGCGGCUACUCCGGCCCCAUGCCCCCCAAGGAGCCUCUCAUCUAUCGUCUGUACGAGAUUAUCCAGAACUACGGAUACGCCUACAAGGCUAUUCUGAACGAGAAGUUUGGCGACGGUAUCAUGAGUGCCAUCUGCUUCUCCACAAAGGUCGACAAGGAGGUUGACGAAACGGGCGCUCCCUGGGUUGUCAUUACCCUGAGGGGAAAGUGGUAUAUAUAA